AUGCCUUGUCAGACCAGCUUCAAACGAAAACAUCAGACUGGCGAAUUCCCCGAGGGCUAUAAUCCUACCAUGGAAGUCCAGGCUCACGCGCCCCCGUGGAACACGACUGCUGGAUAUCUGGACAUGACCUUAUGGGAGAUCCCCGACAGCACUGAGCUGUCUGCCUCUAGCUACGACGCCCUGAAACACGCCGACGUGGCCUUCAUUCUGUCUGAUGCGUGCAACGAGUCAACUUUGAACCAUAAACUGCACGAUGCCACUCACGACUCCCUGCCUAUCGUAAUGUGCGGCAACAAGGCCGACAAAGUUGAAGGAGGUCCCUACAGCAAGCCAGAGUUAAUUCAGCAUGAGUACUACGACACGUCAGCCGAGACCAACUUAAAUCUGGAUGAGCCAUGGUUUACAUAUUCCGGCAACUACUAG